UCACUCCAUCCCAAAGGUGCUGACAUGGCAGUUGCUGGAUCGAAGAGGACACUUGCAGAGAUGCUGCUCAUCUCGGUCCUGGUGUGGAGCGCCGCAGCCAGACCGUCCCUCAACCACCUGGAGAACCACUUCAGCGCCGAGAACGAGUCAGAAGAAGUGCGCUCGGCGGCCAUUAAGAGGCUUCUGGAGGUGUUUGGAAUGGAGGAUCCCCCGGCUGUUCACCGACACCAGCAGCCGCCCCAGUACAUGCUGGACCUGUACAACACGGUGGCGGAUGUGGACGGGGUGACCAAGGACCCCAAUCUGCUGGAGGGCAACACGGUGCGGAGCUUCUUCGACAAACUGCGCAGCGAGCAGGUGGAGUUCAGGUUCAACCUGUCCAACGUGGCGAGGACGGAGAAGAUUCUGACGGCAGAACUUCAUCUCUUCAAGCUGAGGCCUCAAGCCACCGCCACGUUCAACAGACACCACUUCUGCCAGGUGAGCGUCUAUCAGCUGCUCGACACCAGCAGGUCCAACGUCACGCAGCAGAGGAAGCUUCUGUCGUCUCGUCUGAUCCCGGUCCACUCCACCGGCUGGGAGGUCUUCACCAUCACACAAGCAGUUCGGUCCUGGAUGGUGGACGAGGGCAGCAACUUGGGUCUUCACGUUGUGGUCCGGACUUUGGGUGGAAGCCAUGUGGACCUGAAGCUGAUCCGCUUUGCUUCAGGACGGAAUCACCAUCGGAGCAAGCAGCCGAUGCUGGUGCUAUUCACCGAUGACGGCCGGCGGCCCACGACUCUGGAGAGCUCAGAUCCCAACGACACAGAAGUGACCUCCAGCCUGCCUCAGACCCCCAUCUCUGCCCCGUCCUCCCGAAGUGCCCGUUCCCUGGACAACAGCGAAGAUGACGGGGCGUCCAUGCCCUGCCAGCGGCUUCCUCUCUACGUCGACUUCGAGGAGAUCGGCUGGUCCGGCUGGAUCGUUUCCCCGCGUGGUUACAACGCCUACCACUGCAAAGGUUCCUGCCCCUUCCCUCUGGGUCAGAACAUGAGACCCACCAACCACGCCACCGUCCAGUCCAUCAUCAACGCCCUGAAGCUGAUGAAAGGCAUCGAGACGCCCUGCUGCGUCCCCGACAAGCUCUUCUCCAUCAACCUCUUGUACUUUGAUGAUGACGAAAACGUGGUGCUGAAGCAGUACAAUGACAUGGUGGCUGGAAGCUGCGGCUGCCACUGACGCCCCCUACUGGCCAGAACACAGAGGAGAUUGUUAAGAAGAGACAACCAGCCGCCCUUUAAAACCUUGUAUUAUAUGUAAAUAAUGAUAAAUUAUAAUAUAUGAGAGUAUUGGGAGUGAUA